AUGCGCGAAAUCCUUGGCUGUACGCAGGCCCCUUCGUUUCGGCUGCCUGAUACCAUAAGCCCCCGACACUACGCAAUUGAGAUUGAACCCGAUCUGGAGACCGGCACGUUCGUAGGCCGAGUCACUAUUCAGUUGCGUAUCCUAAAGCCAACACAGUAUAUCGUUUUCCACGCACUUAGAUUGCAUAUUACGCGAGCAGAUAUUGAGCCUGAAGGAGGCAUCAUCUCACACCCGGAUAUCUACUACAGCCCCGACCAGGAGGCAGCAUAUCUCAAACUAGAGAGCAAGCUUCAUGCAGGUUCCGAGGCUAUCUUGACUCUCAGAUAUGGCGGUCGGAUCGCACCUCCAGGCGCCAUGGGCGGCCUGUCCUCCACGCCAUAUCAGCAGCCAGAUGGCCAGCUAAAGCUUGGCUUCGAGACCAUGUUCGAACCGACAUUGGCGCGAUCAGUCUUCCCUUGUUUCGAUGAACCUGACCUCAAGGCAGAAUUCUUAAUUUCCAUGAUCGUCUCUGCAGAUUUAACAUGUCUAAGCAACAUGGAGAUUGAUUCUGUCCACCCCGUCGAGUCAUCUGUGACAGCACCAAAAAAGCGAGUCACCUUCGAUACCAGCCCUAAGAUGUCUACAUAUCUUGUGGUUAUGGUCGCUGGCUAUUUCAAUGUUCUUGAGACAAAUGACUUCCAUGUUCCCAUUCGUGUUUGGGCAGCAUUGGACAAGGAUAUCGACAGUGCUGCCUAUGCGCUUGAAAUCGCGGUGAAAAGCAUGAGGGCGCAUGAGAAAAACUUCGGUCUAAAGUAUCCUUUGCCUAAGCUCGACAUGGUGGCUAUUCCAGGGCAUCAAGGUGGCAUGGAGCAUUGGGGUUGUGUCACAUACGAGGAACGGGGCCUCGUUCUUCCCUCGAACCCGUCCGAGUAUAACAAACUAGUUUCGGCUAUAAUCAUUUCCCAUGAGCUUGCUCAUCAAUGGUUUGGAAACAUCGUGACAAUGAAGUUCUGGGACUCGCUUUGGCUCAAUGAAGCCUUUGCCGAAUGGGCAGCAUUCCUUGCUGUCUCAGAAAUCCUCCCAAAUUUUGAUGCCUGGUCAAGCUUUAUUGCAAGCAAUCCAGACACUUCAUUCCCAGGAGGAUUGCAGGCUGCGCUGGAGCUGGACUCUAAUUCUGGCAGUCACGCUAUUCAAGCCCCUGGACUACCGGCUGGGGCGAUGUUCGACAGUAUUACAUAUCUGAAAGGAUGUAGCAUCAUACGUAUGUUGGCAGAGGAAAUCGGCAAAAGUUUGUUUCUCGAUGGUAUUAAACUCUAUCUCGAACGCUUCAAGUAUGCCAAUGCUACCACCGGACAACUAUGGAGCACACUAAGUGAAGUAAGCGGACGUGAUGUUGGGAAAAUUAUGGCAGCUUGGACGGAAAAUGUUGGCUAUCCGCUUUUGACAGUCAACGAAAUUCGGCCAACGGGUGAAAUAGUUGUCAGCCAAUCCCGAUUCCUACAGAACGGAAACAUCGAUUCUAAGGCAGGGCCGUACCCUGUCUCGAUCAAGCUCAAAGGUCCUGAUGGAGUUACGACGCAUCCUUUGGUGAGCACUGAAACUAGAAUUCGUACCAACUUGUUCAAGUACAAACUUAACGCUGAUUUGGUCGGAUUCUACCGUGUAUCUUAUCCAAUUUCACGCAUUCAUAAGUUUGGGGUGCAGUUUGCUGGGGAUUACCUCUCGACCAAUGACAAAGUAGGCAUUAUUUCAGACCUAGCGGCUGUUGUGGCAACAGGUUCGACGUCUCGAAGUGCAAGGCUUCCCGAUUUCCUGGACUUCCUAUUCACCAUCAAGAACCAUGUGGAGAGCUUGUUCGUAUGGCGUGAAAUUCUCGGACAAAUGCAGAAAAUCCGAGCGGCCUUCCUUUUCGAGGGCGAUGAAGUUCUGCGCAUCUUGGAAAGGGUGAAACACCAAUUACUAGCACAUUUGAUUGCGAAAGGGCUGCUAAAGUUCAAAUCAAGCGAUACGACCAAGGGAACAUUCCUCAAAUCACUUCUAUAUGGCCAGCUGCAAGAACACCCGAUAGUGCAGAAGAAUGCCCGGGAAUCCUGGGAUCGGCUACUAGACGGGGAGAAGGACGCACUGAACCCAAAUAUCAAGAGACACAUAUUUGACAUAGUUGUCUCCAUUGAUGAUACAGACAUGACAUGGAACCAGCUAAAAUCAAUCGCAUUUGACGGCGCUUACAUCCAUCCGGGUGAUCCUGUAACUCCUGCUGAGGCUUUCGCCUCCCUCGGUAACUCGUCAAAACCUGACAUCAUUGCCCGCACUUUGCUUCUCAUCACACCCUCAGAAGGUACACCGAGCACUCAAUUAGCUGCAAAAAGAACAUCGCCGUUUGUUGUGAACAAUGGCGCUCGUCAGAGCUUACUGAGCACUCUGCAAAGACACCCAACUGGUGCAGAGACUUCCUGGAGAUGGCUGCAAGAUAACUGGGAUGUACUGCAGAAGAGUACAGAGACGGGCGUCAUCAACGGAUAUAGCUAUAUCAGCGGGGCGUUGGCCGGUCUUGCAACUUCGGCUCACUUGGUACAGGUCGAAGACUUCUUUGCGGGAAAAACUGGUGUUUCGAACAAGUUGAUACUCACACAAGCGAUGGAUAUUAUACGAGCAAGGUCUCGCCUUAUUGACGCGGAUCGAGGAGAGUUGUUGAAAUGGGCUAAGAGAAAUGGUCUGUAG